UGGUGGUGGGUGGGUUUGGUGGUGGGUGGGUGGGGGGAGGAAGGCAAAAGCAGGCAAAAAAGCAAAAGCUCUCGCCCGACGGAAGAAGCGGCUUGCCGCGCUGUAUGAGCUCGGGGGCGGCAAGAUGAUGUCGGCCACGGCCACGGCGGCGGAGAAGGUGGACGGCUUCAGCCGGCGCUCCCUGCGGAGGGCCGGACGCGCUCGACGCUCGCAGGGAUCGUCGCAGUUUCGCACGCGAGCUCACCUCGAGCUCGCGCCGCUGCCCGCGCUCGCGGACACCCCAGCGUCGGAGCAGGAGGAGCUAUUCUGCAAGAAGCUGCAGCAGUGCUGCGUCAUCUUCGACUUCCUGGACUCCGUGUCAGACCUCAAGGGCAAGGAAAUUAAGCGCGCUGCGCUUAACGAGUUGGUGGACUACAUCACGGCAGGGCGUGGGGUGCUCACAGAGUCCGUCUACCCGGAUAUCAUCCGCAUGGUGGCGUACAACAUCUUCAGAACCCUGCCGCCAAGUGAGAAUCCAGAGUUUGACCCAGAGGAGGAUGAACCUACGCUGGAAGCGUCCUGGCCUCACUUGCAGAUCGUCUAUGAAUUUUUUCUAAGGUUUUUGGAACAGCAGGAAUUCCAACCCAGCAUUGCCAAGAAAUACAUAGACCAGAAGUUUGUACUGCAGCUGCUGGAGCUGUUUGACAGUGAGGACCCGCGUGAGCGGGAUUUCCUCAAGACGGUCCUGCACAGGAUCUAUGGGAAGUUUUUGGGCCUUCGGGCCUUUAUCCGCAAGCAGAUCAACAACAUUUUCUUACGGUACAUAUAUGAAACGGAGCGGUUCAAUGGCGUGGGAGAAAUGCUGGAGAUUUUGGGAAGCAUAAUCAAUGGAUUUGCUCUGCCGCUUAAGGCCGAGCACAAGCAGUUUCUGGUGCGGGUCCUUCUCCCACUACACACCGCCAGGGGCCUCUCCCUCUUCCAUGCCCAGUUGGCGUACUGCGUGGUGCAGUUUUUGGAGAAAGAUGCCACCCUCACCGAGAUUGUUGUGAGGGGACUGUUGAAGUACUGGCCAAAGACCUGCAGCCAGAAGGAGGUGAUGUUUCUGGGCGAGGUGGAGGAGGUCCUGGACGUUAUUGAGCCGACGCAGUUCGUGAAGAUCCAGGAGCCGCUUUUCAAGCAGAUAUCUCGCUGUGUGGCUAGCCCACAUUUCCAAGUGGCGGAGCGUGCCCUUUACUACUGGAACAACGAGUACAUCCUGAGUCUCAUCGAGGAGAACUCCAACGUCAUCCUUCCCAUCAUGUUUGGCAACCUGUACAAGAUGUCCAAAGAGCACUGGAACCAGACGAUCUUAGGUUUGAUUUUCAACGUGAUGAAGACUAUGAUGGACAUGAACUGCGAACUGUUUGGCGAACUGACGGCGUCCUACAACAACGAGCGGCAGCGGUGCGUGCUCCCUAAUGCUGAUCGCGGGAUGGAUGGAUACGUUAAAGACUGAAGCUAGUGCGUCCUAAUGUUGGUCACAUUAAAACCUAUAGUGAAAAGAAAAAGGAAGAGGAGAGGGAGGAGUUGUGGAAGAAGUUGGAGGAUCUUGAACUGAAGAAUUCUCAAAACAAUAUCCUGGUCAAGUAAUGGUUUGUUAUUUUUCAUGCAAAUUUCCGUGAUUUAGUUUCAGCUGAAAUACAUUUGCAGAAUUCUCUCUUGUGUGAAGCAGUCGACUAUUAAAGCCUCUUGAAAGUUUCAAGAGGAAGUGAAGAUGUUGACCGUGAAUGAUGUCAAAUACUGAAGAAUAUUCUCUUCUCAGCUUUAAAGACAGCAGUAUAAAGCCGCACAUGUUCAACGCAGACAAGGAGCAGCAUCACCAAACAGAAGAUUACUGCAAAUCACCACUCCUAACGGUAGCAACGAUAAUAUUGGUUUACAUUUAAUCUUUUAAAAAAGUUCAAACAAAUAUAAACAACCUAAAACAGAAAAUGAAGGAAUCUUGCUAAAAAUGUUUCUGAGAAACCCAUGUAAAAAAACCCUCAACGCAGUAACCAUCCGUUUCAAAAGAAGCCGCCACCAUGUUUUACGUUUACAGGAUUCAUGGGACUUGUGCUUGCAAAUGCGUUUGCCGUGUGGACUAAGGAAUCGAGCAAAACUUUUACAAAGUGCGCGUGUCGCUGUAGAGUCACAAGCCUCUACGUGUUCGCUACCGGGGCAAUUCUUCAAAUGGACACAGAUAUAUAUAAAAUAAGAUUAUACACAAGCUACAACUACUGCAUUGACACAAUUUGUGGAGCGCGUGAAUGUUGCUCGUAUGUGCGUGGACCCCUGAAACGAUGGUGACUACUGCUUAUGUAUAUGUUACAGAGGUUACAAAUAAAACCCAGUUGAGAUAUGUUUGAGAUAUGAUUCGAAUACAAUAUAUAAAUAUAUAAAAUUAUGUUUUGAGCACUGAGGAUCUUAAGUGACCGGAGUUUUGAAUCAUUCCGUGGGUGUUCUGUAAGUUCUGCUAAUGCAUCGUCCGUCUGCUGUGCUAAUUAAACGUUAGGGCUUAUAAAGCCAGUGAGCAGUAUUUAACACACAAUAGUAACAAAUUUAAACCUUAAAGUGCGCUUCUUCUCCGAGUACAAUCAUAGGCGUGAAAUGUGUGGGAUGGAGCGCGUUGUUGGCCACCCUCUAGAUCUAUUAACUAUUAAUAUUAUUACUAAUGAAUGUAAAAAAGAGCUUGUGUGUGUGCACAGUGAUCACUGUUAAGGUAUUUCUAUAUUACCUAAUGAAAUUGCAUACUUCAGCCAGAUGACAUUGUAUAUUAUAAUAAACACUGUAGUUUUUGUUUAUAGGCAUUUUUAAAUGUAUAAUGCUCAUGAUCCUUUUUUCUGUUGCAGUUUGAAGGUGCGUUAUUUGUUUUUAUUUAGUUUCCAUUUAAUUAAAUUAACAACUUUUUGGUUAACUUAAAGCAAGGUGACUCGGCUUAUUUUUUGGCAGCUUUUGAGUGCUUUACUCCCAAGUUGCUGACGUCACGGAUAGGUUUAUUUAUUUUGAGAUGUAUGUUUAUGGCAAAGCGAAUUAAGGAAUGUUUGAGCUGAAGUGAAGACACUUUGUUAACGCACUGACUAACCAGGGGUUCCUGUGCUUCUGUUUGUAUGGUAACCGGGUUAUAAUUGAACAUUUCUCAAAUCUCCGUCACGAUAAAAGAUUCAACACCAUCA